AAAAAAAACAAGAGGUUGAAAUAUGGAAAAGCUGCAGGGUUUUUCAGCGGUUUAACCAGAACUCGGAUGUAUGCGCAGUCUGAGUAUUUUCUCUACCGUCCGUUUCCUGGAAUGAGGUAACAGUUGGGGAAUUCACCUCUAAACACUUGGGUUUCAAUUUCAGGCGAAAAUCUGAUUUCACCUAUCUGCCUUAACAUCUGCCAGUUAAAUAGUGCAGAUAAAGGAAAUAAAAUGUACAGCUAAAGAGCAGACGUUGCCACAACAGUCGACAAAGAGAGGCUUGUAUCCCAUUUUUUUUUAGGGUCUGUCCGGCUUCUCGCUCAAAUGCAAACUGUUCUGUUCUGUUUCUCUAUUUGGUGUCCCUUUUAAAUUUCUAGCUGAUCUAAGCCUCUGUCUAAUUCCAGCAGAAACUUUCCACUAACUAUUCAGCCUAAUGUAGUUUCAGAAUGAAAUUCCACUUGCGCACCUACACAAUUUAGAAACCAUGAUCAACAAACAGAAAGGUCCCCUCCCACUGCUCUCUUCUUGUCUGCAUUAAAUUAUUACAGAUGCUCUCCUCAGAUACAUGUGAUGUUUGAGCCCUGUUCAUGAGCAAGGCAGGAAUCCGAUGCCCUAGUUAGAACCCUUUUUUUUUUUUUUUUUUUUUUUUUUUGCUGGUCGUUCCCAGUAAACUGAGUCAACCCCUCAGCUUGGAAACGGUUUGGAGCCUUUUUAAAAUCACAAAUAUUCAGUCGUGUUCUCAUUUAGAUCGCGCUGCCCUCACCUUAAACCUCAUGUUUUAUGUUUCUGAAAGUCUUAAAUGAAUGGCAGGGGGAUUUUCUCAGGCCCACAGCCUCUGCUUUUGCUCAUCAUCUUGUUGUCGUGCUAAAACCGGAGAGCAAAUUUCUCACGCGUUCUGCAAAAAAAAGAAACACAUUUUGACACAAUUACAAGGAAUUAGGUGUUUGAAGGCUCGCAUGUGACUGAAAUGACUGUCGUAGCUUCACCAUACGUGAUAUUUUCAGGCAACGGUUAUCGGAAUCAUCCUUGUUUUGGACUCGUCUUAAGUAAAGCUAGAUUUUAUUUGAUUGAAUUGUUUUCUAUAAUCUACAAAUCUCCGGCUGCCAAAAAACAAAAAAUCAAGGCCUACUUUUCGAGGCGCCUUCAUAUGAGCAGAAGCACAAUUUGCAAGCAAAAUUCACUUUAUUUUUCUUGAAAACCUUUUUUUUUCUCCCCCUCCAAGCAUUAGACGGCGUGCAGAUUAUUUAGCUUAUUUUGACAUUUUAGAUGUUAAUCGCUUUGAAAUGUCAGUCUCUAUCCGCAGCAGAUGGAAGAGCAGGGCAUCCCCCUUUUCGAAGAGAUCAAAAACAUGCGGAGGAAACGUGGAUCGGCUCGAGUGUUGCCUGUUGACUCUUCUGAAUCACGACAUCUGCAGCUUUGUGAGAUGGCCAGAGGGAAAACACAGCAACCAAAAUCUAUUUAACAAAAACAUGUUGAUUUUUUAUAUACUUUUUUUCAAGAUGCUGGGGCAACAUCUAUAGUCUCCAAAAACUUAAUUUUUGCCCCCCCAGCAGCUUAAACUCUGUAGACAGCACGCUGUAAUUUAUAUUUGGCAGCAAUUUAAAAAAGAAAAUGCAUUAUGUGCUCGUCUGAAGUGGAGAGAAGCUGCUUCUGCAUCGUCUUGAAACUUUAUUUUUAACCAAUAUCAACGGGCAAUAGUCAGUAGAAAGUGUUUUAGAGAAGUAGAAACGACUCUCUUCUCUAAAAAUGUGAGGACUUCAGUUCAUGCAGGUUCCACUCAGCAGUCUCACAACUUUUAUUUACCCACAUGUUGGGUUUAUUUACCAAGGCAAAACUCCCUUCUUGUAGCAUGAGGCACCUAGAAUACAAUCCAGUUAUAUGUUUACAUUAGAACCCAAUAUCAGCUCAUUUGUUUGUCUUUCACUGCCUUUUGACCAUUUUUAUCAGCUUUCUUUUGGCCUAAGAAGAAGCCAGGACGUACAAUUUUAAUCCGUCAUAUUCGAGCUGAAGUGCAAGCAUAAAGCUUCUUCUUCACACGCUUUUAUUAAGCACUAAAUUCAGCCGACGUGUGAUUAUUUGCGCUGAUGUGCAGUGACAAAAACUGCGUUGCACACUAACUUCCUUUUUAUUUAAGAAUAAAUGUAGAAAUCAAUAUCUGUUUUAAUAGACAUCCAGGAAAUGUGACACUGACAUUUAGAAGUCUUCAGACCUUUAUUUGGACAUCGGUUGAGUGCUGCUUUCACUUCCUCAAAUUCAAGCAAUUUUUGCUGAAUUUGAGUCCAGUGUGUGUGUGUGUGUGUGCGCUUAUAAUAAAGGGUUUGGUUUUUGUUCCAGUUACGAAGGACCAAUUUCAGUCCUAACGAUAAGGUUGUUUAUCUUUUCACUUUACCGAAUGCUGACUUUAAUUUCUGUAGUUUUCUUUUUCUUUGUAUGAAAGUGGCUUUUCGUGAAAGGAAUCUCCCAAAUUACUUCUGUAUUUUCUUUCAACUGUAACUUACAUCAAUGUGCACGCAAUUUGACAUUACUUCACAACUUUUUGGAGGUGAUGUCAUCAAAUGCCUGGACAUGCAGUUUAAGAUUCCUUAAAGCUGGACUACAGUGCUGCUUUUAAUAGCUUCUCACCCCGUUAAAAUAGUGCGUGUGUAAAACGAAUCUGCUGUUUACCCAAAGAUUUAACUCUGCUGCCUUUUUUUUUUUUUUUCAGUUUGAAUAUCAGAGGAUGGCAUGGUGUGAACUGAUACUGUGAGACUUGGUAUGAACACAAAAAAAAGAGAAAAAAAAAAGAGAAACUCAGUUUCCCAGCCUCAUUUGCUGUCAUGGCAUCAGUCAACCAAUGAAACUCUCCCGCGGAGUCAUCUUCCUAUUUCGUGGUGUGAAGUUGAAGAGGUUGUCUCAUGAAUUACAGUCACAAAACACAGCGAGCCAAAGACUUGACAACAGCUUCUGGAGAUGGCUGAAGAGGACCAGGGUGAGGCAUCCCCACAAACAGCUGGCAGCGACGAGGACAAGGCCAGAGCCAAACAGGCGUCUCCCUGUGUUAUUGAAAUUCACGACUCUACGACCGAAUGCGAGGACGAAACCAGACCCAGCAAGGUGCCGUUGGAGGAAAAGGCAUUUAUUGCAAGUUUGCACUCAUUUAUGAAAGAUAAGGGUACACCCAUAGAGAGGAUCCCACAUCUGGGCUUCAAACAGAUUGAUCUCUGGAUGAUCUACAAAGCCGUUGAGAAGCUUGGGGGAUAUGAAUCAGUGACAACCGGACGUCUUUGGAAGAGAGUCUACGAUGAGCUUGGAGGAAGCCCCGGCAGCACCAGCGCUGCUACUUGCACUCGGAGACACUAUGAGAGGUUGGUGCUGCCGUUCGAGAGACACAUAAAGGGAGAGGACGACAAACCUUUGCCUCCGAGCAAACCACGGAAGCCGUACAAAAGAAACCAGGAGGGUAAAGUGACCAAGGCUGAUGGGAAGAGGAAGAGGAGUCAUUCUGAAAGAGAAAUUGAUUCUGAGUUACUCCCCCAAAGAAGUCCAGAUGCGGUCCACCAAAGUGAGACGAUGAUGAAUCCUCACUUCGCCCUCUGGCCCCCCGGCUCGGACAGACGGCACCCGGAGCACCCCCAACCGAGCCGGACCGCUGGAGACUUCUGCACCCCUGUCAACGGCCACAUCCUGCAAGUCCCUGCAUCCAGCAACUGGGUUGCUCAUCUUCCCUCUGCGGCUGGAGAGGUCAUCUCUCCUCUGGAGAAGAAGAAGCGAAUGGCCCAGGCCAGCCUGAAUGUGCCGCACAGCUCCCAGAGGGAGGACAAGGAAAGGCCUUCGGUCAUCCACUGCUCCCAGUCUCCGGCCCGGGCUUCUUCCAGCAGGAACUGCAAUUCCUCGGAGGGCUCUCCUCUGCCCUUGUCCUCCUCCUCCUCGCGCAGUCCCUCCCCUCUUUCUGUCUCUUCAGAGGAGUCUCCAGCAGGGAGCGGGGACAAACCCAAACCCAGCUCCCCGUCGGCCGAGAACCGUUUGAGCAUUACCAAAAUCCAAGAGGACAAAAAGCCCGUGAGCUGCAGCCAGACGGCUACGAGUGCUUCAGCGCCCCAGAAGGACGCGUCUCAAAUCGGCUCUCAAACGCCGACCACUGACUCUGUAAAAAGCCAAAUAAAAGACUCCACCUGGAAGCCUUAUCACAAAGCAGCCGGCAAAUACUUCUCUUACCCUUUCCAUUCAUCCCCCUCCUUCUCAACAACUACCUCCAGCUUCACCAAAGUCAUCCCCAAAUCCGUGCAGCUCCUGCGGCCCGCUCCCAUCCGGCCCGCCUACAAACUCCUCCACAGCAGGCUGCUCCCGACGGACAACGGCCUGGCGUGCCCUAAGAAGCAGGGCGGCGUGACCCCGUGGCAUUAUCCGAUGGAGAAGAGGGACAGAUCGAGGACAGUUCAGCAGAAAGUUCCUCCCGCUCAGCAGGGACUGUCCCAGACCGCCGCCGCCCUGCCGGCGUCGUGCGUCCUUUCCAGUUACGACAAAUCAGCGAGAGACUCCCGGUACCAGCAGACGGUGCACCCGGCGCUCUUUGCCCACAGGAUGAGACUCCCUCACUCGCAGCUAAUGUACCACCCUGGGCCAGCCGGUCCAAGUCACUCUGCUCUUAUCGGCCAGGUUUACCCGUACCCUUACCACAUCCCUCUUUUAAAUCCCCAAGUCGGAUACCCGCUACCGGCCAUGAAUCCAGUUUAUCCUCACAAGCUUUGAGAGGGAUUAACCGGACGUUUUUAGAACGGCCCCCAACGCGGUUUCAGAAGAGAGGAAAUAAGCGCAGUGAGACGUUUGGAGGAUUUUUGUGAAACAGCCGAAGAGGCGCAGUAUUAAACGAAAGAUAAAACGUUUCUCUGCAGCUACUACAGCGAGGUCACUUAAAGGUAACCUGGGUCAUGUGAAUGCUAAAACUGUCUCAUUUUCACCGUUCCCAGUCCAAAGCCCUACUCUGCUCUGCUAUGAUAAAUAAAACUAAAACUCGUAAUGCCUGGCAAAUUCACACAUCCUAGAUGGCUUUAGGAUUUAAAAAAAAAAGUUUUGCCACAAUAUCGGUUUUAC